CCACUAGUCCACAAACCCCUCCCGAAGUUUAGUCCGAAUCGCCCGUCGUUCCCGUGCGACCGGAACUCUCCCUCCCCCCCGCACUCUCACUCGCAGUCCAUCAUAUAGUCCCAUACCGCCCGCCUAGUCUCAUUGGAAACCACCUCAUUAGUCAUCCCAUCGAGUUGGGUUGAGAGAUGCUCACCUUCAUGGAGCUCGCGGGGCCGACGGAAGGCGACGGCGGCGGGUCCGUGGACUCCCAGCUGUGGGCGGCGUGCGCGGGGAGCAUGUCGUCGGUGCCGCCCGUGGGCGCGGCGGUGUACUACUUCCCGCAGGGCCACGCGGAGCAGGCGAGCGCGGCCGUGGACCUGUCGUCCGCGCGCGUCCCGCCGCUCGUGCCGUGCCGGGUUGUCGCCGUGCGGUUCAUGGCCGACGCGGAGAGCGACGAGGUCUUCGCCAAGAUACGCCUCGUCCCGCUACGCCCCGGCGACGCGGUGGUGGACGUGGGCGAGGCGGCCGCGGCCGAGGCGCGGCGGGAGGAGGAGAAUAGUAGGCCGAGGCCGACGUCGUUCGCCAAGACGCUGACGCAGUCCGACGCGAACAACGGCGGGGGGUUCUCCGUGCCGCGGUUCUGCGCCGAGACCAUCUUCCCGGAGCUGGACUACAGCAGCGAGCCGCCCGUGCAGUCCGUCUGCGCCAAGGACGUGCACGGUGUGGAGUGGACGUUCCGGCACAUCUACCGGGGCACCCCGCGCCGGCACCUGCUCACCACGGGGUGGAGUCCCUUCGUCAACAAGAAGCAGCUCACGGCCGGCGACUCCAUCGUGUUCAUGCGUGACGAGGGCGGGAACAUCCACGUCGGGCUCCGCCGCGCUAAACGCGGGUUCUGCAGCAUCGGCGGCGACGACGAGAGCCUCUCCUCGAUUCCCGGGUGGGACCAGUACAGGGGCUUGAUGCGGCGCAAUGCGACCGCGACCGCGACCGGUGGGAGAACCCCGCCCAAGGGGAAGGUCCCGCCGGAGAACGUGCUCACGGCGGCGACGAGGGCCACCACCGGGCAGCCGUUCGAGGUGCUGUACUACCCGCGGGCGAGCACGCCCGAGUUCUGCGUGAGGGCGGCCGCGGUCAGGACGGCCAUGGCCGUGCAGUGGUGCCCCGGCAUGCGGUUCAAGAUGGCGUUCGAGACAGAGGACUCGUCGCGGAUCAGCUGGUUCAUGGGCACUGUCGCCGGCGUCCAGGCCUCCGACCCCGUCCGUUGGCCGCAGUCGCCAUGGCGUCUCCUUCAGGUGACCUGGGACGAGCCGGAGCUCCUACAGAACGUAAAGCGCGUGUGCCCGUGGCUGGUGGAGCUCGUGUCGAGCAUGCCCAACCUCCACCUGCCAUCCUUCUCGCCGCCGCGCAAGAAGCCGCGCAACCCGCCUUACGCGGAGCUCCCCCUCGAGGGCCAGAUCUUCACCGGCCCGGUGUUCCCGCCCAAUCCAAUGGCGCACGACCACCACCACCACCAUGGUUUCCCUUUCCUCCCCUUCCCGGACAGUAGUGCUCAACCUGCAGGCAUACAGGGAGCCAGGCAUGCGCAGUUCGCUUCACCGUUCCCGGAGUUCCACAUCGGCAACCUGCAGCCGAAUCUGAUGCUCUACGCCGGCAUCCGCCUCCCGCCCGCCGAUCGCGCCGCCCCCGCUCCUCGCCCGCCGAGAAUCAUCAUCAGCACCGACCUGACGAUUGGCAGCCCGGGUAAACCCGACGACGCCGCGUGCUCUCCCUCAUCCGGCGGCAAGAAGAUCGACGACACCAAGCCGCGGGGGUUUCUCCUCUUUGGACAGGCAAUUCUAACCGAGGAGCAGAUCAAGAACGGCAACUCCGAUGGUCGUCCGGCCUCGCCGAACUGGGACGCCGAGAAGGCGCCUAACACCUCGGAAGGCUCCGACUCCGGCGUCACCCAGGGCAGCCCCACCAAGAACACCACGCCGUCGUGGAGCCUACCGUAUUUUGGAGGCAACAACAUCAGCCGCGCAUCCGAGUACGAGCUGAAUCCCGGGCAGUGCAAGGUGUUCGUCGAGUCGGAAACCGUCGGCCGGAGCCUCGAUCUCUCGGCGCUGAGCUCGUUCGAGGAGCUGUACGCCUGCCUGUCUGAUAUGUUCAGCAUUGGCAGCGAUGAACUGAGGAGCCAUCUGGUGUACCGCAGCCCCGCCGGCGAAGUCAAGCACGCCGGCGACGAGCCAUUCUGCGCGUUCGUGAAAUCGGCGCGUAAGCUUAGGAUACUGACAGAUGCUGGCAGUGACAACCUGGGAGAUUAGAAGAAGUAAUAAAUCAGCCGAAUAACUUAGGGCGCUACUCCUAGUCUUUUAGAAGCAAAAAUAAGCCGAGAGCUGCAUGCACGUACAGCUGCAUGAGCUGCGGUUUCUCCUUGCUCCAGUCCAGUCUAGAGAUUUUUAUUCAGGGUAAAGCUGAUGCAGUCUUCAGUUAAUUAGGUGUUUUUUAGUCCUUUUUACAGCUUUCUCGCUAGGGGUUUCAGGUAACAACUACUAGCGCAAAGUGCAGACAGAAUGUAGUCUUUGCACCUUGGUCAUCAAAUCAAAUGUACUGGUACUUCUUUUAUUCUCAUUCGGCGGAUAUUGAGCCUUAAUUUGUUUCACGAAA